CCGUGGACGACCAGAAGCUCUGAUCUCCUCCAGCAGCAGCAGCAGCCCCGGCAGCGGCUGGCGUCGUCGCAGGACUCAUUGCAUGCUUCCCUUCGCUUCGCUCGCUUUCUUUCUGAUCGGUCGCAGGGGCCAGGGCCAGAAAGCUUUUCGAUUUGUUUUGUUUUAAUCGCAGCCACCGACUCCACUAGCCGAGAGAUUGUUUUUCCAGAGUGCGUGUGUGGGCCGAGGGCAUCGGCCUGAGCUCGCGCGCGCGGUCGUGAUUGGAGCAUCGACGGGAGUGAGACAAAGUUAGUAACCCCCGCGCGCGCGCCUGGUUUGCCCAUCGCCAUCGCUCGCUGCUGCACCCUGCACCCUGGGGCCGAUUUAAUUAAUUGAGUGCGAUUUCCUCACUCGCAGAAUUGGUUAAAUUGGAAAGUGGGUUGGUGGCUCUGAACCCACACGAGUGGAUAUAAUUCCUCGUCCCCUCUCGGGCUAUAGCGCAAGCUAGCUAGCUCGAAGCGAGCCCCCCUCCUCCCCUGGGCCCGAAACGCCUACAGUAUCUAUCCGUGUUCUUCAUAAACCCAGCCCCUCUCACGUGUAGCCGGUCUCAGUUCACGCAGAUCCCUUGAAUAUAGAAUUGCGCAAGUGGAAGCCGUCGAGCUCGCCGAUGUCGCCGUGCUCCAACAACCCGACCCGACGGCGAGAGCGAGCAGCAGCAGCACCGUGCUGUGCUGGGGGUGGGAGUGUAGGAGGGUGGCUCCCUCGAGGGGCCUACGAGGCCGAAGCAUGUAGGUAGUAGGGGGUAAGGUUUGGGGAUGAGGAUCAAUCGCGCGAGUUAAGAAAGGGCAUUAAGGUUGAAGAUUGAUUGGCCGGGCAAUUAAAGAAAGGCCAACGAAGGGAAUGAGAACGGGGAGUUUUUAUUGAGCGCUGUUGGCUCAAUCGUCGGUUAUUGCCAGGGCGUCCAAUUUGCCCUGAACAUGUGGAGAGUCCGAGACGCGACGCGCUCUCUCGCUCGCUUGCUCCGCCAAUUUUGUAUUUUUAAUUCUGCAUCUCUCUAGAACUCUUGCACUUUCUCUCUCAUGGGUUCGAUGAAUGAAUGCCGUGCCUACAACUUUCGUGCCCUGCCCUGAGGAGGAGGGAGGGGGGGGGGGGGGGGGGGGGGGGGGCGGCCUGACCUGCGCUGCCCUGCCCUGCCUAGCCCAGCCAUCAUCAUCAAGUUCGAAGCAUGAGUCUUGAUGCCGCUCACCCUCGAAGCUUUUGCAUCAUUUACAAUGACUUUGUUGGAGCGACGGGGAAUUUCAUGACAUUCUCUCUCAUGAAUUCGAUGACCCUCUUUCUAGCCAUCAAUUUUAGAUCAGGAGCAGUGAAGGGGGCUUUGAUUUGCCCUCAUAACGAGAUGAGCUUGCCUCCUCCUAUUUUCUUGAAGAUACGACCCUCUCGCUAUGUCUCCGCCUCAAGGAUUCGAUGCUCUUCUUUCUUGGCAUUUGACCCGGCCUUGUCGUCUGUGCUGCUCCACGUCCGGAUGACGUUUCUCAUUUGCUGCUCGGCCCAUUUCCUCUGCCGGGGCAAGUCAAACCAGGUCAAAAUCGCUUGCCCCCGUUGUCACAUCGCCGGUGCGCGAGCCCUUCGAUCAUUUCCUCUCUUUUCGGCCGUCCGCGCAUCUUUACCACCAGCACUCGCUCGCGAAUAUUUCUGCGCUUCGAGAACCAUAUUUUAUGGCCAUUAAAGUGGCCCUCCAUCGGAGCAUUUUUGUCAAUACCUCGGAAGGUCACGAUCGAUCUUUGUCCACUCCGAAAUGGGAAGAAAGACAUCGCCUGAGGCCUCUUGGGGAUUCUUGCAGCACCAGUCAGAGGCUAUCUAUCUAUAAUAAGGCCGACGACGGACGACCUGUGCCACCUCCACAUUCAAGGGGCGGGGCAAGAAUCCGCGACAUGGUGGUGCUAGGUUCCGACUCCCCGAGUCACCCACUUCUCGGACUUGGACUCGGACUUGAUCGCCAUCGACCGAGCGAGAGAAGACGACGACGACGACUGCGUUGAGAUGAGAAUGCAUCUCAAAUGCCACACAAACAAUUUUGUUUGCAACCCCAGGCCCAUGUCGACCCCGGCACCCGGGUUCGACUUGGACAAAGCUCGUGACAUCGGAGCGGGUCAUUUGAUUCCGGCCCAUAUGCCUCUGCCUACUCGAAACCACAUCGUCGUAGAGAUGUGCCCCCAUUGCAUCAAAUCCAUUGGCCGCUCGAGCCCUGAUGCAUACAUAUGACCAUCGUUGCGUUGCGGAGGCAGCCCCGCCCCGCCCCCGCCCCAUGAGCCCCAUGAGCCCAUUCAAAUGCAAUGUCACGAGACUCGGGGAAAAAUUAUAGAGUUUGUUUCCAGAUAAGAUGCUGUCCUUUCUCCAGAAGCAACCCCGUCUUGUCAUUAUGGGUGCAGCGAAAUUUUCCAAGCGCUGCGCCUGUCGCGUUGCAUCAGACCACACGUACUCGACUUUUUAACUGCGGCCGUCGAGCCCGAGCCCGAGCCCGACGAGCUUUCAGAAUCGAGCGAGCGAGCGGGAGGGAAUGAACAGAAAGGAUGGGGAAUAUUCCGGCGGCACACCUCGAGCUGCUUGGGCAUCGUCGUCGUCGUCGUCGGAGGCCGGACGGGGAGGGCAUGAAUAAAGAAUAGGGGUGGUCGAGGGGACGAAUAAGAGGAGGAGAUAUUAAGGCGCAGGGCUGUCAUUGGGCUUGCAAGAAAAUGGCGAAUAGUGUGCUGGAGAUGAGGAGAAAAUAGAAAGGGGAUGUUUUUGCUGAUGCAAUGAUGACAGGCGAGAUUCAGGACGAGGAAGUAAAUCGGAGCAGGGGGCCGGGGAGGAAAGAAAGUCAAAAUUUGGGUCCACAUUUUAUAUGAUUUUGUGUGGAGGGAAAAGCGAUCCAUGAGCGUAUCCAUAUUCACGUGCAUGUGAGGAUCGCCCUCCCUCUUGCCUCGUCUUAGACUGCACCUUCUCCACAUACUCCAACCGUCGACAUGUACUGCUGCGACGAAGAAAUUUGGGCUCAGCUGCACCUGCAGGUGGUGCUGGCUGCGACUCGCUCCCUCCUCCUCCUCUACUUUUGAAGCGGCCCCGACUUGUUUCUCCCCUUUCAGCUUUUGAUUGCCAAAAGCUGUGGCUUUCCCUUGGGAAGAGUAAUGCCUCCUCUACAGUUCGCUGAACUGCUGGCGAAUUGAUUGAAUUUUGGUUCGUGAUGAUUGAUUCCGGCCUCUCUCUCUCUUCUAGCUAGCCCCCUCCACAUCUUCCACGAGAAGAAGAAGCAGAGAAUGCCGAGGGAGGGAGAGAGAGAGAGAGAGAG